AUGUUGGAGGCCAGCAACUUUGAUGAUGAUGAUAGUAUCUUAAAAUACAUUUUAUUGAAUGUGGUAAAACAGAAAAACUACUGGGCGAAUGAAAUAGCAGAGCAUGAACUAAAAGUAGAACAGUUGGUAUGUGCGCCGUUAACAUCCAUUAGUGACCAGGAUUUGCCAGCUAUCAUGAAAACCAAGAAACAGUUGAGCAGGCUCAUGAGUGAGAAGGAAACGGCGGCCAGUAGAUAUCAUCAUUUAGAGCGUCAAAAAGAAGAAAAUCCAACAAAGUUUAAUGCAGCACGAGAAGAGCUCGAAGAUGUCGGGAUACGUGUUGAGGCCGCCCGAGACGCCCUGGCCGCCGACAUGUUCGCGCUUGUCGCUAAGGAGGCCCAACUGGCACACACACUACUGCAAUACAUCAAACUACAGAGGGCCUACCAUGAAUCCGCCCUCCACUCUCUACAAGACACAGUGCCAGAACUGGAAAGGUUUAUAAGUAAGUAUAGUGCCUUACUAAGCUGUGAUGUGUGAUUUGUUCUACUUUCUAAGUGUUCUAGUAUAGUCUUCAAUUCUGUUUGAACUUCAAGCACAAUGGAAGUUGAUAUAUGUAACAUAAUAUUAUUAAAUUCUCUGUGUGAGAUCUAUUCAUACAUUGAGUUCUGAAUUCUUAGUUGAUAGUAUAUUUUUUAUCAAUAGUGACUGCUCUACUCUGCAUCUAUCAUCUAAAUAUGCAUUUAUUUUUAGUUUCACAAUACAUAGUAAUAAUUAAACAUCAGUUAACUGAUUUAUUAUCUAAUUUAGUCAAACCUUGUUUUGCUAUAUCCUGCUUCUAUCUCUAGUUUUCUAAAGUAUUGAGAGAACCUUUAUUUGAACUCCUUAAAUUGAUUUUCGUAAUAAUAUAUUCUCACUACUGAUAAACUGUGGACUGCUAAUGGGUCUAAAAAAGUAAUUAGUUUAUCCUUCAUUAGUAAAAACCAGUUAUUUAUCAGCUUACUAAUUAUUACUAGCAAGCAAACUGUUAUUCUGAUUUAUAUAUAAACACAGUUUCCUCAGUUAAACAGUUACUGGUCAUUGGCUUUGUCCCUGUACUCCUAUAAUUAUAUGCAUGCAUAUGUAUAUUAUCAACAACAUCCUCAUACAAUAAUUCACAAAUCAUUACCAUACAAUAAAACGGAUGUCGAUACCAUGUUUGGGAGUAAAACUGGAAAUAUUCGGAAUUAUCCUUUAUAAUUUUGGUUGAAAUAUUCUAGAUUAAUAUUGUUAGACUAUGAAUAUGAAAGGUGAAAAAGAGAUGGCGGUAUCUAACCUAUAAUGUUUUAGAAUUCAACGACUUUGUACUUGAUAUUAUAAGUUUAAUUUACGAACUACAAUCCGAAUAACAAAAUCUGAGUGCCUACUGCCACUAAAGUAAUGUAAUUGCUGGUGUAAAAUAGACAUCGCUCUACGCCGUGCCCACAAUAAUGAUAUAACUUUAAGAUGGAAUAGUAGACCCUCAUCGACCCUGUCUGUUUACACGUUUAAAUAAAACUUCACUAGUUAAAGAAAUCUUUAUUCCUCCUCAAUCUUUCUUGAAUAUCUCAGUUUGUUCGCAGUGUCGCUCCUCGCAAAUCUUCCAUUAAUAGAUUAUGUAUAUUGGCUUCCUUCGAAUCAUUGUAAUGUACACAUCCGUCGUCGACACAGCAUAAUACUUCCGCUGUUGAACAAUACCAAUUUAGUUAAGUGA